CAGAUAUACUUGCCUGCAGAUUUUUUGAUGGUUUAAACCAAAAUCUCGUGUCUUGGAUAGGAAGCAAAUAUUAAUGCAUUAAUUGCGCAAAUGAUUAUAUAACGGCCAUGGCCGCUCGUUCGCUGAAUUGCGACCCAAGUGGUGCUCAGAUUCCCUUCUCGCGCCAUCCAAACUGCUUACCCCACCAAGUCAACGCCCUGAGACCUCGCAUCCUCUGUCGGCGGCUGCGCCCGCCCCCUCCUACCUCGUCCGCCGCCGGAUUCAGAGGAAGAGCUGCUUUUGUGAUGGACACUCAUUUCGAGGGAUCUGGUUUCACAAAGAUCAGUCAUGGGGAGAAGUCGAUCGCACCAGGACGCGCCGGCAAGAUACCUAGACCUAAUGCCGCCAUCCUCGGGGAGUCACCUGCAUCUGAAGACUAUGAUCUUGUCUUCCCUAACGACGAUUUCUCCCGACAGGCUCAUGUCUCUUCUCACCAACAGUAUGUGGAGAUGUAUCGAAACUCUGUUGAGGACCCGGCCGGAUUCUGGGCUGACAUUGCAUCUCAGUUCUAUUGGAAGGAGAAAUGGGACCCGCAGUUCUGUUUGAAGGAAAAUCUUGACAUAGGCAAAGGGAGAAUUCAGAUUGAGUGGUUCAAAGGUGGGAUCACCAAUAUCUGUUACAAUUGCUUGGAUAGAAACAUAGAAUCUGGAAAUGGUGACAAAGUUGCAAUUUACUGGGAAGGAAAUGAGCCUGGGGUUGAUGCAGCUCUAACAUACAACCAACUUCUUGCAAGAGUUUGCCAGCUUGCAAAUUACUUGAAAGAUAUUGGUGUUCACAAGGGCGAUGCAGUUGUCAUUUAUCUUCCUAUGCGUAUAGAACUCCCAAUUGCGAUGCUUGCUUGUGCUCGUAUUGGUGCUGUUCACUCGGUUGUUUUUGCUGGAUUUUCUGCUGAAUCUCUGGCCCAGAGGAUCAUGGAUUGCAAACCUAAGGUUGUGAUAACUUGCAAUGCAGUUAUGAGGGGAUCCAAGGUCAUUCACCUCAAAGACAUUGUUGAUGCUGCGCUUUUUGAAUCUAAACAAAGUGGUGCCACUAUAGAAAGUGUUCUCUCACAUUUCAUUUGUAUUGGUGACUUCCUAAAAAACAUGUUGGAUGUUGUUCCCAAAUAUCCAAUAACAUGUGAUGUACAAUGGGUUGAUGCUGAGGAUCCACUCUUCCUACUCUACACCAGUGGGAGUACUGGAAAACCCAAGGGUGUGCUCCAUACUACUGGAGGAUAUAUGGUAUACACGGCGACCACAUUUAAAUAUGCAUUUGACUACAAGUCGGAAGAUGUAUACUGGUGUACUGCUGAUUGUGGCUGGAUUGCUGGGCAUAGCUACGUUACAUAUGGACCUUUAUUAAAUGGAGCUACUGUUCUGGUCUAUGAAGGGGUUCCAAAUUAUCCAGAUUCUGGACGCUGCUGGGAUAUUGUUGACAAAUACAAAGUAUCUAUUUUUUAUACGGCUCCCACAUUGGUGCGGUCUCUCAUGCGCGAGGGAGAUGAGUAUGUCACUCGGUAUUCACGCAAAUCAUUGCGAGUCCUUGGAAGUGUAGGUGAACCUAUCAAUCCAAGUGCAUGGAGGUGGUAUUUCAAUGUAGUUGGAGAUGCAAGGUGCCCCAUAUCUGACACAUGGUGGCAAACAGAAACGGGUGGCUUUAUGAUUAAUCCUUUGCCAGGAGCUUGGCCCCAAAAACCCGGUUCUGCUACUUUUCCUUUUUUUGGAGUUCAGCCUGCCAUAGUGGAUGAGAAGGGGGCAGAAUUGGAAGGUGAGUGCAGUGGCUAUUUGUGUGUAAAGAGCUCAUGGCCUGGAUCCUUCCGGACUCUUUAUGGGGAUCAUGAUAGAUAUGAAACGACAUACUUCAGUGCCUUCCCUGGCUAUUAUUUCACUGGUGAUGGCUGCACCAGGGACAAGGAUGGUUACUACUGGCUUACGGGAAGAGUUGAUGAUGUUAUUAAUGUCAGUGGGCACCGUAUUGGCACAGUCGAAGUGGAAUCAGCUCUAGUUUCACAUCCUAAAUGCACUGAAGCUGCCGUUGUUGGUGUGGAACAUGAGGUAAAAGGGCAAGGAAUAUAUGCAUUUGUGACACUGGUUGAUGGAGUUCCAUACAGCGAAGAACUCAAGAGAGAACUUGUGCUCACCGUGAGAAAGCAGAUUGGAGCGUUUGCAGCGCCUGACAAAAUACAUUGGGCGCCUGGGCUUCCAAAGACGAGGAGUGGGAAAAUAAUGAGAAGAGUUUUGAGGAAGAUUGCUUCUAAGCAGUCGGACGAGCUUGGGGACAUGAGCACACUCGCAGACCCUGCUGUGGUCGACCAGCUCAUCCGUCUUGCUCAUCAUUGAUCAUCAUCAUCAUCAUCAUCAUCAUGAGCAUUGCCUUCCCAUUGUGUUGUAGAUUUGUACUAGUUUCCACUCCUUUCUUUCUUUCUUUCUUUAUACACCAUUUUUUUGAAAAAAAACAAUAAUUCUUAUAAUGAUGAUAAUAGUAACAAUAAGUUGGAGGGAGUGAGGGAGAGACAUCCGCAAUACAAAGCUGCUUUAUGCCAGCUGCGGCUUUUAUUUUCAUUUUCUUUUUUUCGCAGCUCCUAUCUUUAUGCACAUGAAAUAAUAAAAUAGGGAGGAGAAAAAGCAUGUUUUCAUUAUUUGUUCUGAACACGAAGCAAAUCUAGAG